AUGACCGUCUCAGCCAACUUCUAUCCCCAGGAAAACUUUUCGCCGCUGUUCAGUCUCGGUGCGCUCUUCGGCUUCCGCAAAGACACUCAACCCACUUGGAGAUAUGAAGCGCCGUCUCUACAACACUACGUAGAGCCAUUGGACACAUCACAAUCCGACGAAAUAUCUACUGAACAUGCACCGUCUACAACUAGCGCAUUCCCAUUCGGCGCACCGUAUCCCUUCUCGCAGAACAAUACGCAGACCAAACUGCAGGGCAGAGUAGGCCGGCUAGGAGGAAUCAGCACAGAUGCUGUGACCGCGGAGACGCAUUUCAACAAUUUCGCGACACAGAUUUCAAACGCAGAAGCUCUGUCCACGGCCGAACGCUGUCGAUCCUCACAUCAGGCCUGGAUAUCAUGUCGAUCAGCUGACAGUAACGCUUGGGCCUACAACGUUAUGGUGGUCAAGCAUCUGACAAGCAUUCGUUGGGAUCCUACGCGCAUCCUUUCCAACCUCAAGUUCUUCGAUGUCCCUCCCACCUAUACGCCUGAAAGUCUUGACUUCCUAAGGUGCCUCGAGGCUUCUGGUGCACAUCAUGCUCCUCGGGUCUAUCACCGCCUAUAUGUCAAGAUGGUUAGAGCAGCCACAUCUGCUGCAGCUUCAACAAGUUUAUCACAGGAUACCGAGCUACUCACGUUAGUUCGAUUAACCUAUCAGAGCUGUUUACGCAGCACAAAAGCCAUACAAGGCGUUGUAGACGACUUGCGUAUACUUGCAAACAAGAUUGAGGCACCUGCCAUUAAGAAAUCGCUGCUUUCUGAACUGGCUGGCAGCAAUAACGCAGCCCAAAGUAUCAAGGUUUUAGUCGCAAGCGCUGCUCAAGGCCAUUCUCCUUGUGCGUUUGUUGAGGAGAUGCUCCUUUUCUUGCCUAAAGAGGAGCUUCGACUACAACUCCCAUCAAUCACGCGGUCUCUCGUCGAAGCCGUUGAGCGGAAAAGCCGGCUGCCAGUUGAGACAUGUUGGUACCGUCUUAAUGUGUGGCUGGCUGUCCUCGAAAACCUCGAUAACAGAUUCAAUGUUCGCUACACUGAUACCGGUUAUACAAACGCCGCCUUUGUGGAAGUGGUUGAGCAUGCAUUCAAGAGCAAUAAUUCGAGCGUAGUGCGACUGCACACAGUGCUCUAUGCUCUCGUAUUUCGAAUGGCACAACGGCAACCCGAGUUUGCCAAACACAAGGAAAGCUUGUGGCGGGUUGUCAGUGCCUCUGCUGUCUCUGCGCUAGAACAACAAGGCACGGUACAAAUCGAGGAGGAUGUAGUGAUGAUCUUCUCGCACAUGCGUAGAGUCUCUCUGCCAUAUGAGCCAAUAUUGCGCAUUGCUGCUAAUCUUUUCGCAUCGCAUGCCAAUCUAUACUCCAUGCACAGAUUCCUCAUUGCCCUGGAGAAGCAUGAAUUUCUACUGGACAGAGUAUCGAGCAUGAAAACUCGCAUUACUGCAGAACUGUCUUUGCUUCGACAACACAUAAACGCUCAGACGCUCGACCGAAGUGGACACCAUGCCUUCGCGUUACAAAUAUGUCAGGAUAUACUCAAUUCUCUAAGAAGGAUCGCUAAACCAAGCGUCUCGAUUAAAGGCGUCAACAUCGAAAAACAGACAAAAGAGGAUAUCAAGAAGGAGAUCAAAACUCUGAAAGCCAGUAGGGAUUUUACUGCAAUCCUUGACUCCGCUUCGAACGAUCACGCUCUGCCACAAAUUUAUGCGAACCUUACCAACAACAUCCCACCCUCUCAACGUACAGUCCUUAUACAUCAAUUAGCUCACCACUACUCCAUCGAUGCCACUCGAUCGCAGCGGGCGACUUGGCGUUCCAUCUACACUCUUUACAACUACCUCAAGUCGUACUCUUUGCCAAUCGGUCCUCUGUUUACCAAAGCCGUAGUCCGAGCCGCCAUCAUUCGACCUAUGAUGGAGCAUAGAUUCAUUAGCGCGAGGAGAUUGAUCUGGGUAUGUCAGUUGGUUGCUAGGGUCGAAGGCGUGAGUGUAGCAAAGCGGAUUGAGAAUCUUUUUUGGCGCUGGAGAGGUGACGUGAUCGCGCAUGCCAAGCAAGUGCAUGUGGCCGCUCGUGGUGAUCGUAAGGCGAAGGCCAUGUCCCAGGAGCUCACAAUGGAUCAGCCUAGCUCCCCUGCUAGGCCUACUAUCGAACAAUUACGACAUGUUGUCAACAACUAUCCCCUCAUCGAUAACCACGCACACAAUCUCAUCCUGCCUCACCAAGCAGAUACGAUACCUUUCGAGACCAUAACUACGGAAGCCCAAGGAAGAGCUCUAAGAGACACGUUCAAAUCCCUUCCUCAUUUGCGAGCAGCUAGACAGCUAGGCCAACUUUACGAAUGCGGCCAAGACGCAGAUUGGGAGGACAUUCUGGAACAGAGGGUUGAAUGGGUUCGAAGCAAUUCCGAGCGUCUACAUCAGCGAUGCUUCGAGAACGUACACGCGUUACUCAUCGAUGACGGACUUGCCGGACCAGAAAAGGUCUUUCCCUACAAUUAUCAUGAUCGUUAUACCAAGGCACCCAGUAAGCGCAUUGUACGUAUUGAGACAGUCGCUGAGCGCUUGAUGGAGAACCUUGUUCAGGACGCAUCAGAAGACGACCUGGGGAAGACCAAGUUCCUACCACAGACCUGGACAAACUUCACUGAGGACUUCGAGCGCGAGAUUCAAGAGGCCGUUGAGGACGACAACGUCGCUGGGUUCAAAUCUGUCAUUUGUUACCGAACAGGGCUCGACAUUGAGCCAGAAUAUGAGGAAGCUGCAAAAACUGUUGGGCACCCUUUCGAACGCUACGUUAAGAGCUGCAUUCGCAAACGCAAUUACCGUAUUGAGAAGAAGCACCUGAAUGACUAUCUCGUUUUGCGUACCCUGGAGAUAUUGUCGGAGCGACUACCUCAUUCUGAUUCCCUUGCGAAGCCAUUUCAGCUACAUACUGGUCUUGGAGAUAAUGACAUUAGCCUUCUUGAGUCCAACCCUGCUUUCCUCCAGCCAUUGAUUGAAAACUACCCACAGGUACCAUUUGUACUUCUUCAUUCUGCCUAUCCGUAUACGCGCGAAGCCGGCUACCUCGCAACUGUAUAUCGACACGUGUACCUUGAUAUUGGCGAAGUCUUCCCAAUGGUCAGUAGGGAUGGCCAGAAAGCGAUUCUACGACAAUCCAUGGAACUUGUCCCGGCCAGUAAACUCUUGUAUUCCUCGGAUGGGCACUGGUUUCCAGAGACCUAUUGGCUUGCCAAUAAACAGUUCCGCGAAGUCUGGCUCGAUCUACUCGUAGAGUACAUCCAGAAAGGCGACCUAACACCGCAUCAAGCGAUUGGCAUGACGAAAGACAUCAUGUUCAACAAUUCCAAUGUGCUAUACGACUUACGCUAUGAGGCUUUCUUCGAUGAAACAGUACAAGCAGAUCCAAAGCAGCUCACAUACAACCCGAAGCCAGUCGAAGCUUCGCCUUAUCAGUCUCCAGCAGUAACACCAAUACCCACCAUGGGCUUUCCCAACCGGUCCUCAGCUUCCAAUGCGCAAGCUACUCGAUCAGUCUCUCCGUACACACAGCCAGCUUUCCCUCCACCGCCAAAGGCACCGCAAGUCUACGAUAUUCAGCUGUUUGACGAUUUCAAGGAGAAGAAUCCCACAGUGAAGUUCAUUUACGUACAAUGGCUUGAUUACAUGGCCACAAUCCGUAGCCGCAUAGUUCCCAUCAAGGAGUUUACUCGCAUGAUAACCGAAGGGGAACGUAUCGGUAUAUCCCAGGGAAACAUGGGCACCCUUCAAAAUGACCACAUAACGCCCGUCACAAAUACGACGGGCCAGAUAUACGUCGAGCCGGACUUACGUUCUCUCCGCAGAACGCACAACAAAGAUCCGCUACCCGCUGCAACAGUACUCAGUUACUGGCGCACGGAAAAUGGUUCUGCGCUUCCAGAAGACCCGCGGAACAACCUUGAGACGCUUAUCAAUGACCUCCAAUACAACUACGCCACAACACUUCUUAUCGGGUUUGAAAUUGAAGUCACGUUUCUUUCCCGAAACCCCCCUUCGGCAUCAACCAACCCUUUCGAAGCUGAGCCCUACUCACCCCUGACAAAAACCCACGCAUGGGGCACACUAACACCAGAACAGUGGCUUCAGCUUCCCUUCCUUAGCGAAAUCGUUCUGGCACUUGAGGACAUGGGUAUUGAGGUCCAGCAAUUCCAUGCCGAAUCAGGACCGGGACAGUAUGAAUUCGUACUUCCGCCCCAUCCUCCUCUCCUUGCAAUUGACACGCUUCUCCAGGCCAGACAGGUCAUCGCUCAGAUAGCUAGUCUGCAUGGGCUACGUGCGACGCUUCAUCCCAAGCCCUUUGAAGGCAUUGGUACGGCGGCUCAUGCGCACAUCAGCUUGCACCCACCAGAGCGUGAUAUGCAGUUUUUCGUUGGAGGUGUCUUGAAGCACUUGCCUGCCAUCUGUGCGUUUAGCAUGCCCGAGGAAAUCAGUUACGAACGCGUAACGGAAAACUCUUGGACAGGCGGAACAUGGGUAGCAUGGGGGACCCAAAACCGUGAAACGCCACUCCGACGCAUAUCUCCAGGUCAUUGGGAGCUUCGCUGUCUUGACGGAUUUGCAAACAUGUACUUUGCUCUUUCUGCUGUUCUCGCCGCUGGUCUACUCGGUCUCGCUGCGAACGAACCUUCUUUCCCGGAACAAGACAUCCAAGUUAACCCUUCGACCAUGGACGAGCAGAUGCGGGCUGAGUUUGGUGUAAUGAGAAGGUUGCCGAGAAGCAUGCAAGAAGCUGUCACAUCGCUGAGAGCGGAUAUGCCACUUAACGAGGCUUUGGAUCCCGCAUUUUUGAAGGCAUAUCUAUAUAUGAAGGGCGAGGAAGCAAAGAUGUUGGGGGAUAUGGGCGAUGGCGAGCGGAGAGUGUUUCUGGUGGAAAGGUAUUGA